AUUAAGCAUGUUAUUGAUUUUUAUAUAUCUACAAUAUUAUAUUCCAUUUACAAAAAAAGCUUCACCACCAAAAUAUUCAUCAUGGAAUACUGAUGAUACUUUAAAGAAAUUUAUUCCCAUAGCUACUUUUAUGGGUUUAAUAGGUGUUGUUGGUUUAUUGUUUAGUUUUUGGCAUAUUUGGGGAUUUUUUGGUACCCCUUUAGUAAUAUUUUCUGCAUUAAAAAGUAUUAUUCAUAUUAUAAAUAUUCUUUGAGUAAAAUAAUAUUUGGUAAUUAAUAUAAUAUAUAUUCA